CCGGUUGUAGCAGGCUGGUUGGUAAGUCGUUCACUCGCAGUCUCAACACCAGCUUGGCAGCUACGCGGCUCACACGGUCAAUGUACAGAGAAAAUGUCCGGAAAGUGACUCCAGAAGACGGCGGCGGCUGUCGGGACAGUGACGCUGGAUUCGGUGGAAGAUUUUUCCGGCUAACCUGCGUCUCGCGCGCUGUAUCCGCAGCAUUAGGCCUCAUGGCGCUGGGGACUGGAUACCUGCUAUGCACCAGGGAGCUUGAUCCAUACCUGGUUCCACACAAGCUACCAUAAAGGGUGGGAACCCUAACUACCCUUCAAGUCAUUUCCCCCAUCCCUCCCCUAAAUUCCCCCCGUGGUGAUAUCAUCGAACCCUGUUUGUGACCUGCAACAUGAUUGGCAAGUUGAAACAAAACAUGUUGUUGGCCUGUCUGGUCAUCAGCUCGGUCACCGUCUUCUAUCUCGGCCGCCACGCCAUGGAGUGCCACCAUCGCAUUGAGGAGCGGAGCCAACCAGGUGGGAUCCUGCCCCUGUCAGCGCUGGGGGGGAGCAUGCGGACCACCUUGCGCACAGGCCAGAACCUCAGCACGCCGUUUGUUUACAACAAAGACAUGCCGCUCAUCUUCAUUGGCGGCGUGCCCCGCAGUGGGACCACGCUGAUGCGAGCCAUGCUGGACGCCCACCCCGACAUACGCUGCGGUGAAGAAACCCGCGUCAUCCCGCGCAUCCUGGCCAUGAAACAGAUGUGGAGUCGUUCGGGUCGGGAGAAGAUGCGCCUGGACGAGGCUGGUGUGACCGAUGAGGUGCUGGACGCCGCCAUGCAGGCAUUCCUCCUGGAAAUCAUUGUCAAGCACGGCGAGCCCGCCAACUUCCUUUGCAAUAAGGAUCCUUUUGCAUUGAAGUCGCUUUCUUACCUGGCCAAGAUCUUUCCUCGUGCCAAGUUUGUACUCAUGAUCCGCGAUGGGAGGGCCUCGGUCCACUCCAUGAUCUCGCGGAAGGUGACCAUCGCAGGCUUUGACCUGGGGAGCUACCGGGACUGCCUGACCAAGUGGAACCGGGCUAUAGAGACCAUGUACACUCAGUGCCUGGAGGCUGCAGAUAAAUGUCUCCCUGUGCAGUACGAACAGCUGGUCCUCCAUCCUGAGAAAUGGAUGCGGACGCUGUUGAAAUUCCUUGACAUUCCUUGGAAUGAUGCCGUCCUCCAUCACGAGGAGCUCAUCGGGAAAGCUGGAGGAGUUUCUCUCUCAAAGGUGGAGAGGUCCACAGAUCAGGUCAUCAAGCCAGUCAAUGUGGAAGCCUUGUCCAAGUGGGUGGGAAAGAUCCCUCCUGACGUGGUGAGGGACAUGGCCGUGAUCGCGCCCAUGCUCUCCAGGCUGGGCUACGACCCACGCGCCAACCCCCCCAACUACGGUCAGCCGGACCCCAAAGUUCUGGACAACACUAGACGGGUCUUUAAAGGUGAAUUUCAGCUCCCAGAUUUCCUAAGAGAACAAUCACAGAUCCAGAAGUCUGCAGAGAAACCCAACCCCAGUUAGGAGCGGAGGGAGCGUUGGCAUGGCGACGUACAGGACCCGGUGGAACAGAGGAGCUCAGACAUCGUCUCACCCAUCUCAUCAUGUGUGCUACGCCUCAGCACGUCUCUGCGGUCAUGUGACCUCGACGUGCCUUCACCUCUUCCUCCUCCUCCUCCUCCUCCAGUGGGCUGCUGCCAGUCCUGGCCUUGAGGAGAGCUCUCAGCCUUGAUGUUGUACCUUACGAUAAGAAAAGGAAGCCGGUUCUCUGCACCACAGAAUGUCGUCUGUCAUUUGUGUCACAUUUCGCUCAUUGAUUUGUAGGAAGGAUUUCUGGCUGUUUAGAGCAAACUGUGAUUCUGUUGUAAGAAACUACAGUGGACUGAAAUCAAAAGCAGUAUUUAUGAAAGGAUGAAUUAGCUUUUGGAAGAUGCAAUACCUAUUUUAAUGUUUAAUUUCUUUUUCAUGCCUUUGUAUUGUGCAGUGUCAUGGGUACUGAUCAUUUUGAUGUAUAAACAAUCCUGUUUUUUUAAGAAAAAAACAAAGUUG